AUGGUCAACAGUGUCGUCAGAUUCUACUUUCAAGAUAUGAACGUGCCUGGCCCAUUCAUCGAUCGUUACAUGAGCAUCGUCUUUAUGCCCUUCGCACUGAAGCCGUGGAUGGGUCUUUUGUCGGACUGCUAUCCUAUUUUCGGUUAUAAAAGAAUGCCUUACUUGGUCGGUGCAGCGGCAAUCGGUAUAGCUGGAACUCUUUUGGCGGUGCUCAUUGUGCCUUCCCCGUCGGUAGUCCAGUACGGCAUCGCUGGCCUGUUCAUGAUGAUCUUCUACUGGAUCACCUGCGCUGAUUUGCUCUCUGAGGCUGUUUACUCUCGGAAGGUGUCGGAAGUUCCCACUGAAGGUCCUGCCCUGGUUGGGUACGUCACAGCAGGCCAGAAAAUAGUUGGACUCGUUGCUGGUUUGCUGGCAGGAAUCAUCAUACAGUAUGCUCCCUCCAUUGGAGGCCACACUGGCUCUCAGUGGGCGCUAGGCACUACAAUCAUCCCUUCAAUUGCACUUCUCGUCCCUGUCUCGCUCAAUUAUCUCGGGGAGGAGAAGCUCAAUCCAGUCAUGGCGCGCGAUGAGCGGAAGAAGUUGUGGAAGGAGCAACCCGAACUGGUCUGCCUAUCGCUACUGGUUGGCGCGAUAGUUGUUGUUUACUCUGUGGUAUCUCUCUUUGUUGCCUCAUUCUCGAUCAAUUUAGCACUGCUGUUCUUGCUAUUGAUUAUUGUACUCGUGACAGCCUCGAUGCUGCUGAACCCCACGAUUGGAAAGUUGGUGAUUUUUAAGAGCAUUCUCGGCGUCACCCGGCUGCAACCCUCAGGGGCAGCUCAGUACUUUUUCACAGAUGAUGCUGCUCAAUUUCCUGGCGGACCCAAUUUUUCAGCCCUGUUCUACGGUUCAGUUGUGACUACAGUCGGCAUUCUUGCAGGGGUUGUCGCUGUGGUAAUCGUCACUCGCUUUAUGGCCUCAUGGACUUACCGUCGAGUUUACAUUGUUAUCAUUCUGGUUAUUCUCAUUUUGCAAUUAGGAGAUCCUAUGAUAUACUCCCGGGUUAAUCUUGAGAUAGGCGUUCCUGACAAAGUCUUCGUUAUUGGUAGCACUGCUCUGGUUCAAGUUGGCCAGAUCCUCAUCUACAUGCCGGGUUUUCUCAUGCUAUCCUACAUGUGCCCGAAGAACGUUGAAGGGUUGAUGUUUGCCCUCCUCGCUGCGUCCUUCAACUUUUCCUUCAUGAGUACCGGAUCCAUCACAGGGUUCAUCAGCAAGAAUCUAGGUGUAGACCCUCGAGGUCUCCCUGGUGUUGACGAGUCGAGUCAGUUUGAUAAUCUUUGGAUAGUCUCCUUGGUAUGCAUCGGACUCCAGUUGAUCCCGCUAGCAUUUCUCUGGCUAUUACCCAAUGUCCGCUUGAACGAGCAUAUACUGUUGGAUGUCGAGCGUGCGUCGGCUACCGCCAACUCUCCUCUGAGGCGCUUCCUUCAAGGAUGGAACGCUCCAUUGGGGAAAGACGUUGAUGGCGCCCAGCUCAUAUCACAAUGA